ACAAAAACACGACGAAAUAGGAAACAUGGCGGCCGACAGGGGAAUCCAAAGCCCUGCCAGAACUUUUCCGCUUUCUAAUUUAGAUUUUAGUACUGUCGCCGCCAGGAUAGUGUAGUUUUAAUCUCAAAUAUGCCUUGGUACUUUCCUUGGUCCGAUUUUAUCAAGAAAAGGGCCUGUAGGUACCUUUUACAACACUAUUUAGGCAAUUUUCUGCAAGAGAAACUGACCCUCGAACAGCUAACUGUAGACUUGUACAAUGGAACCGGCCGAGUUGAGAACGUUCCGUUGGAUGUUUGGUCUGUCAAUGAGAUGCUUGAGAGUAGUGGCAUGCCGUUUGAGAUUAUAGAUGGCUACAUUCACAGGAUCUCAGUUUCUGUGCCAUGGUCGGCACUUUUGAGUGACAGCUGCUGUAUGGACAUACAAGGACUGGAGCUAACUCUGGCAAUGAGGCAGAGAGCAGAUUCCACAGGUAGCAUGACUGAGUCCAUGAUCUUUAACAACAUGACGACCAGCAUGGAGCUAGCUCAGGAGUGUCUGCGCCAAGCUCCCUCCCCUGGUGAAGAGCAAGCUGAAGCCACACAACAGUUUGAGGGCCUGGAGUCUUUUGCACAAACCAUAGAGUCAGUGCUUGCAAGGAUCAAGCUGGCCUUUGCUGACACGGUCAUCAGGAUAGAACACUUACCCAAAGACACUAAAAGUGGAAUUGGCCUAGAGCUACACAUUAAAAGGAUUGAUUACUCUGAUCUCUCUACUGAGCUUGCUGAAGGAGACAACCAGUACAAACCAAAAAGUGUCUAUGAGCCUGCUGCAUUUGCUUAUAAAAACCUCAAGAUCUAUGGCAUCUCGGCCUACCUCGAUGAAUUCCAUGAAACUGCUAGAACAGUCCCCUCAACUAUUGGCCACAGGUCCCCUGACUCUCCUCCCCCCUCUCCUAACAGUGGGGCUAGCUCACCCCCCAUCAGCCUUGGUUCUAUGGGUAACCUCGCUAACGAACUGUAUGACAAGUCAAAGCUCUCACAGACCAGCCUUCUGCCUGCAAUACAGAUUGCAAACUUUGCCGGUAACCAGGAAGUGAAGCUAAGAGUUAAGCAGAACUCAGCAAUACCAGGGACUAAGAUUGAUGUAGAGUGCUUCCUGGGCACAUUAAAUCUUUUCCUGGCACCCAGACAAGUUCAUUUACUGCUGGAAUUAGCCAGUGGCCUCUCUGUAGCAGAUUCCACCUCAACACCAGAAGAGAAGAAAAAGACUGUGAAUAAACCAAUGGGGCCUGAUGACUUCAAGCGGAUAGAGGAGGACUUGCAGAACCAGCUGACCUCCAAGAGACACACAAGUAGACAGAAUGAGGGUCAGAACAGGGUAGACUCAUGGAACUUUAGCUUUGAAUCAUCAAGCACUGUGGAGAACUCUACCAAUCUCUCAUCUGGGGCAGACUAUGACAGUGUCCUGGAUGAUGAAGAGGAGAAGUUCUACUCCAUGCCCUCUGCUGGCUGCCAAUGGGCUCAAGACAUCUUGCCGCCUUUGGAAGAGCCUCAACUCCCAGAGGAUAUGCUUGGCUUCAAGAAACCAUCAGGAUCCUACAUCAGCCAGGGGCUAGGAACCCUCCCCAAGCUUGGUCCCUCAGGGCAGAGUCUUACUCAAGCAGCCAGUAGCGUCUUUCUAAGCAGUCAAGCAACAAGUCAAGGCUCUGUACCUAGUAAGCCAGCCAGCAUUUCCCCUUUGUCGCCUGUUAACCCUGGCCUCGCAGGUAUCGCCGCUCUGGAUGACCCCUACCCCGAAGCCAUGCGUCUCAAACUCAAGCUAAGCAGCGCAGCUAUCACCGUCCUCCAUGUCGACCCAGUACUCUCACCUGUCACUGACCACAGGGCUCCCGAUGACGUCGAUAACAUGUCGUCCAGUCACCCUUUGCUUCAGAUGGCCGAGGGUUAUUUUCAUGCCCUGGGCACGUAUGUGUUCGGAGGGAAGGAUUUUGAGGGGAUGAAGGAUCGGCUUGUGGACGCUUGCCCAAAUGACCACCUCAGGUGCAUCGUGGCGCCGUUCAGUUUGGAGUUGGAGCGGAGCGCGACCAGCAUGCACCAGACCUUCACUAGCGAGGUGACCGUGGGAAGGUUGGAACUACUGGAAUACCUGUUUGACCGGUCAUCGACCAAUAGCACGCCGUCAUCGCCAUACGCCACGACUCAGUUGUUGCACUUCACGGCACAGGAGGAUUCAAGGAAUGCAUUCUUCAGCAUGGCCGCACCCAAGCCAUGUCUGCGCGCAAAGUAUAAAAACACGCAGAGAACGGCCUCACCGGGGGUGAUUCAAACGCGUAACCCCAUCCUGCCGAAGACGGAGCUGAGCCUGGAGCUGGGCAAGCUGUGCUCCGAGGUGGAUAUCACGAUUAUUGACCGGCUCGCAGCAAUUAUCUACCCGGAAUCACUCUACUCGACCCAGUCCCCGACCCAGCACUCGCGCAUGUUCAAGUCCCUAAACCCGACUUCUUACAAUCAGCAAGUAGUAUUCACGCAAGCCCUCGAUGAAGGACCUGUCAAUGACCAGCGGUUAAACGUGUCAUUGUCAUGCCCGGAGCUCAGUGUCAUGCUCAGGUUCCCCAUCCCUGAUCUGCGUCCGGUGGUGGAGCGUCGACCCUGGUGGAAGCAGGCUGUCCGGGACGAGUCCCUCUUGCUGGUGUUCUCGGCGUUCAAGUUUAACACUGUGGUGUGUUCGGCGGACCCAGCAGCCAGCUAUGAACUACGAUUCCAACAAAUGGACGGCUACUACAAGGAGAGCGCAGGUGCGACCCCAAUACCCGUCAUGCACUCCAGUCCCCUAGCUACCGACAACGAAAACAGCAACGGCGGUUUCGAUUGGCCGAGGGUUGUCAUCACCACGCAGCCGUUAGUGCCCCUAUCCGUCCUAGAGGAGGUCCACUCGGGGGAGAACUCACCUCUCAGCUCACUAGAAGCAUACCCCGUUAUAAAAAACAAACCGUCUCCUUUCUCCUCGAAGCCGGUCAUGUUUGAAGCAGAGGAGCUGGUGCUUCCUGGAAACCAGGAAGACAUGCAUAAUUUCCAGCAAGACACCAUCGCCACCUCACAGUGCCGGAUUGAGUUCACCCUGCCUCGACUGGACAUUAACCUGCACACCAAAGACCUCUUUGAGAAGAUUUAUAAUAGGAUCGCCAGUGACCUGUUACUAUGGGAACCCGCGGCACCCUGCCCUGUAGACAGGCCCGACACAUAUGGGACAAACAUAACCACCGCCGGACUGGACCUAGCCAGUCAGCUUAUCCAUGCACAGGGUGGUGACAAGUUCGUCAUGUGUCGCUCAGGGCUGCGUAGCUAUGAUGACUCCUCGUCAGACGACGAAGAUAGCAGUAGCCUUACCUCCCCUGAGCACAGAUAUCGUCGAACCAACUCGGACCAUAACGGCCAAACAUUGCUAUCCAUCACCCUCAACGUGUCCAGGGGAAGGCUAGCGCUCUUCCCGAACAGUGAGAACCCAUCUUGCAAAGAUUCAAAGCACGAUGCCCCGUCAACCAAGCAGGAACCGUGUCUUGGCGAGAUCAUGGUGGAGCUGGAUGACUUGUCCUUCUUCGCCGCCGCCUGUUACAAGGGCAACGUGGAUCUCAGCUACAUCUGUCUCCAGGCCAAGAAAGGCACGCUUUACCACGCCCCAAUUGUCCCUAGCAACGCACACGUAGCCAUGGAAACGGCCUUCUCAGGGGCGGAGCUCCAGUCUACAAUGUACCUGUCCGAGCACUGCGAGAGGCCUGCGAAUGGAGACUCGGUCGAGCCCAUGUUGUCACUGGCAGUCAAGUCCUUACUUGAUCCUUCUAAAAAUGUGAAGGAGAUCUUAUUUACCCUUGGGCUUCGGGACGCGACGAUACGUCAUCGGAUUUUCCCGUCCAAUCGGCUCUGGCUAUCACAGGUGUCUGAUUACAUGGAUGUGGUGGAUGAACCCGUUCUUGGUUUCGUGCCACCUGCUGUACUCACGGUACUACACACGCAUGUCUGGAGUGGAGCUAUUGAUUACAGACCGAUCCACGUACCGCUACGAGUCCUGCUAACCUUCGGCUCAUUCAGCGUGUCCAGUAACCUGACGAUCGAGUCUUCCAUUUCCCUGCUCAGGUUUAUCAUCGACGACGCUGCCUUGCACUUAUCUGAUAAAUGCAGCGGCCCCGCCAAUUUACGAAAUUACGUAUGCGUGAUGGACAUCGGAUUAUUCCAGCUCUCUCUUCUCACUAGCGACGGCAGUGAACAGCACCCCAAGGUUGAACUGCGCAUGUCCAGUAACACGCUGAAUGUGCGCACGUGUUCAGACUCCUUCUCAGCCCUCCUCCGCCUUAUCCAGUACAUCGCCGCCGAUGGAGACAUGGUACCAAGUUACGAAACCGAGGAGCCGGACCCAGCCAGCGCGCCACCGACUCCAAGUCGUUGCCCCGCUGACCCGCCUGUUCAGCAAGGCGAAGUGGACGAGGGUCAAAUGAGCUCGCUGAUGCGGGAGGCCAUGGCUGAUGACGUCACUGCUGAUAGUGGUGGCGAGAGUGACAAGGAUGAGGAUGAUACGCCAGAUAUAUCCCAAGAAGUAUCACGCUCACCCAAGAGGGACCUAUUUCUAUUCCCGGACGAUAAACCGGACAAGACGAUUCAAGUACCAGACACAUCUCGACAGACCAGUUGGCGAGAGGGAAAAGAUGACGCUAGUGAUGAGGAAAAGGACGAGAGUGAUGAUGAUGAUGAUGAAUUCUGUAUCCUUGAUCACCCUGAUCGGGAGCCCGAGGGGCUAACAGACGACGUCGUCAUCAAGACCUUGGUACAGGACAAGAUAGAGAUUAGAGAGAACCAUUUUUCACUUACGAUCGGACGAAGUGACCAGCUACGCGCACCUGACCACUACCCGCCCCCAGUGUUCCGCUACUCACUACGCGAGAUGUCUGUCAUAUGGCACAUGUACGGUGGGCGCGACCUGGGCAGCGGUCACCAAGAAGAAGAGAAAAAGAAAAAAAGGAUCACAUUCGCAUCGGACCUGACAUCACCGACCAGAUCAUCGCCCAGGCCCCCGCCCAGCCCAUCUGUAACCGCGGCCACACGUGCACAAGGAGGACUGGGCCGGCAGAUGAACGUCCUAAUGGAGCUACAUCUCAACAAGAUCCGUUUCCAGUACGAAGACUACCCGGAUGACACGGAGCAGGCGUCGCGUCUGGUGUUCCUGGCCCAGGAGGUGGAGAUGAGAGACAGGCUGGCAAACUCACAGAUCAACAAGUUUCUCUACCAACACACUAGCGAGUCGCGCCCGAAACAGACGCACGCUAAUAUGGUCGUCGUGAAGAUGCUGUACAUCAGGCCGGACCCGCAGCUCAAGGCCCAAGAAUGCUGUAUGCGUGUGUCACUACAACCACUAAGACUUAACGUGGACCAGGACUCUCUGUUCUUCUUGAGAGAUUUUUUUACAGACAUCGCGGGUGAGGCUUCAAAGACUUCAAAAGGCACCAAUAGCGUGGAGUCGAGCCCUAUCAAGACGCCCACCCCUCCUAGCACCCUUUCACCCGACUUGUAUUCAGAACUCCUCGCCCCGGACCAUGAGGAGCUUCCUCUCAUCAGAUCCACAGAAGAGCUUGAGGAUGAAUCGGCCCAGGCUCCCACAUUCUUUAGAUCUUUCAUCUUCUCACCGGAAGUGCCAAUCAGGCUGGAUUAUCAGGGCAAGCACGUGGACAUGGAUCAGGGUACGCUGGCAGGUCUUCUGAUCGGUCUCGCCCAGCUCAACUGUUCAGAGCUGACGCUGAAGAGGUUGUGUUGCCGCAGUGGACUGCUGGGAAUGGACCGCGUGAUAGCCUACGCCCUGCAAGAAUGGCUCAACGACAUCAAGCGCACGCAGCUACCCAGGAUCCUUGGAGGAGUGGGGCCUGUACAUUCCUUCGUACAGCUUUUCCAGGGUGUCAUGGACCUGGUAUGGCUACCGAUCGAGCAGUACCGUCGAGAUGGGCGUGUCAUCAGAGGACUGCAGCGUGGCGCCAACUCCUUCACCACCUCGUCUGCCAUGGCGUUCCUAGAGCUGACCAACAGAGCUGUACAAAUGCUGCAGUCCGCAGCCGAAACCGCCUAUGACAUGGUAAGCCCAGGCCCCAGCGUCUCCCCAUACAGGCGUGGUCGCCAUCGCCUUGCUCGGCAGCCGGCAGAUCUACGAGAGGGCGUGGCUAAUGCUUAUAACGUGGUUACUAAGGGUCUCAACCGAACUGCGAGCAACAUCGCGAAAGUCGCGCGCGAUGAGCACGAGGAGAAAGGCAUGACGGGAGCAGUGGGUGGGGUCCUGCGACAGGUACCAGCUACCAUGGUACAACCCCUCAUACUCGCCACGGAGGCUACCUCCAACGUGAUAGGAGGGGUGCGGAAUCAGAUUCUACCUGACGCAAGGCGGGAGGCAGUUGAGAAAUGGAGGGACUGAGAGGGAAGGAAGAGGUGAAAAGCAAAGGAAGUACCAGCAACCAUGGUAAAACCCCGUAUUCCGGCCACGAAGGCCACCUCUAACGUGAUAGCAAUUGUGUGGAAUUAGAUCUUACCGGUAGAAAGAAGGGAAGCAGUAAAAUUGGAGGGGACGGCUAGAAAGAUGAUGAAAGAGGAGUGCAAGGCAGACCCGGAAGGAGCAGUCUAUUGGUCGGGUAAUCAACGGAAACGAGAAAUAAGAGGCUGUUAAAGGACGGGUAAAGCGCCUGUGAAUGCGCCUGGAAUUAUGGCUAGUUGACCGGUCAAUCGAUUGACGUAAAAGUUUUUCCGUGUAGAAUAAUUGUCUAGAAUAGUUUGACGCGAAAUUAUUUUCAUUUUACGAGCACUGUUUAGCGUAAGAUCAUCUUAUGUUUCAUGGCUUCCUACUCCUUUUAAAAUGAAAAUGUUGUAUUUGUUGAGGUUUCUUUGUUUCAACGACAUCGUAGCCUUGUAUAUAAAUGUAAAAAUAUUUUUGUUUCGAAAAAUAGGAAUGCUUAAAGAUUUUAUGAAGAGCUGCACAUUAGAAACAACUAGGAACGAAAUUGUUAAUAUUGUAUUCUGUACAGAAAUUACACAAUGUGCCUUUUUAUUGAACAGAAUGUCAAUAAAGAUACUUUUUAUAAA